AUGCAGGCACCAGUGAUGGUGGUGAACACCGGGGCGGGAGAGCGUCAAACUGGACGCAAGGCCCAAAUUUCAAACAUUACGGCCGCCAAAACCGUUGCCGAUAUUAUUCGGUCGUGUCUGGGCCCUAAGGCUAUGUUAAAGAUGCUGUUGGAUCCAAUGGGCGGGAUUGUGUUGACAAACGAUGGACAUGCUAUCCUGAGAGAAAUUGAGGUUGCGCAUCCGGCUGCCAAGAGCAUGAUUGAGUUGAGCAGGACACAAGAUGAAGAGGUCGGUGAUGGGACCACAACUGUUAUCAUCCUUGCUGGUGAGAUUCUUGCCCAGGCCCUUCCUCAUCUUCAACGCAAUAUCCACCCGGUUGUCAUCAUCUCCGCAUUCAAGCGCGCCCUCGCCGAUGCUCUCCAGAUCAUUGAGGAGGUCUCAAUUCCUAUCGAUACCUCUGACGACGAGGCAAUGUACCAGUUAAUUUCGUCUUCAAUCGGCACAAAAUUUGUUUCCAGGUGGUCAAAAUUGAUGUGCGGCCUUGCCCUCCAGGCUGUUCGUACUGUGGCAAAACAAGUUGGAGAGAAGACCGAGGUAGAUAUUAAACGUUAUGCCAAGGUUGAGAAGGUUCCGGGUGGAGAAAUCGAGGAUUCAAGGGUGCUUGAUGGUGUCAUGGUCAACAAAGAUAUCACCCACCCAAAGAUGAGGAGAAGAAUCGAGAAUCCCAGGGUUGUAUUGUUGGAUUGCCCUCUGGAAUAUAAAAAAGGGGAGUCACAAACGAAUAUCGAGAUCUCAAAGGAGGAGGACUGGAGCAAAAUCUUAGAGAUCGAGGAACAGCAGGUCAAGGCUAUGUGUGAUCAUAUUUUAGCUGUCAAACCGGAUCUGGUCAUUACCGAGAAGGGUGUCUCUGAUCUCGCUCAACACUACCUUCUCAAGGGUAACGUUACUGCUCUCCGUCGUGUCCGAAAGACUGACAACAAUCGUAUCGCUCGUGCGACUGGCGCCACUAUUGUCAACCGUGUCGACGAUAUCGCAGAGUCGGAUGUUGGAACAGGCUGUGGUCUCUUCGAGAUUGAGAAAAUUGGUGAUGAAUAUUUCACUUUCAUUACCAAAUGUGCCGAUCCCAAAGCCUGCACUAUCCUUCUCCGCGGUCCCUCAAAGGAUAUCCUCAACGAGAUUGAGCGCAAUCUUCAAGAUGCCAUGUCUGUUGCCCGCAACGUCUUUUUCCAUCCUCGUCUCUCUCCCGGCGGAGGUGCCACUGAAAUGGCCGUCUCUGUCCGUCUCGCUGAGCUUGGGAAGUCGGUGGAGGGUGUUGAGCAGUGGCCCUACCGCAGCGUUGCUGAGGCAAUGGAAGUCAUCCCAAGAACUCUCGUUCAGAACUGUGGUGCAUCUCCAAUUAGGGUGCUUACUCAGCUAAGGGCAAAACACGCACAGAAGGAGUAUACUUUUGGGAUCGACGGCGAGGCUGGUAAAAUCGUAGAUAUGAAGGAGUACGGUGUUUGGGAACCCGAGGCUGUUAAAUUACAGAGUAUCAAGACUGCUAUUGAAUCUGCUUGCCUUCUGCUUCGUGUUGAUGAGAUAUGUGGUGCUAAGGGUGCCAGGCAAGGUGGUGGUGGCCAGGGAGAAUAA